AUGAUUCGCCUUUCAUUGGUUCAGUCAGAGGUCUAUCACGGGCUGUACUCCGUUUCCGCCCUGGGCCAAAGUGAUGCUGAGCUAUUGGCUACUAUCCGCCGUCUGGAUUGUGCCUUGGAAGAAUGGUGGUCCUCGAUUCCCGUAUACUCGUUGAGCUCAUCACGAGAUGAAGGGAGCUCAUCGCGAGAUGAAGGCAGUAUGGUGGAUUUUCUCGUCCAAAUGCAACAUCAUUACUGCAUGGCUGCCAUUCAUCAAACAAGCAGUCGGUGUACUAGCUGGAUUGAAAACCAGGACACACGUGCAGCAGGCUCAAGUCUUGCCAUUGGCGUUGAAGCGAGCCGAUCGGUGCUACAGAGUUUUCUGGAAACCCAACCACAUCUGGAAGGGCAUUUUCUUCUGUACGAGCUGGCUGUAUCUACCAUGCAUCUCUUCUCGAAUAUUCUUAGCAAUCCUCUUCAGAGUCAAAGCGCGGACGACCUGGAUUUAAUCAGAAGAAACCAGGCACAUAUUGGGAAACAGCUAUGGCAACAGGCACCAGCCUCAUUCACUGCUCAGGUCCAUCUUGUGGAGACAUUUAUCGGCGACGUACAACAUCUAGCGGAGAGCGCAAUACGGAAAGCUUGGGCAGAAAGCUAA